GCAAAAAAGGGUUACGAAGAGAGCAGAAAUGGAUGCUGAAAACAUUGAAAAUUCAGUGGAAAUCAAAGGAAUUCCAACUCGGGAUGGCAAAUAUGUUGAGUACAAUGUUGUGGGUAACUUCUUUGAAGUUACCUCAAAGUAUGUCCCUCCAAUUCAACCCGUAGGCCGUGGAGCUUACGGAAUCGUCUGCUGUGCUACGAAUUCGGAGACGAAGGAGGAGAUAGCCAUCAAAAAAAUUGGGAGUGCAUUUGAAAAUAGAAUUGAUGCAAAGAGGACUCUUCGCGAGAUCAAACUUCUUUCACACAUGGAUCAUGAAAAUGUCAUCAAAAUAAAAGAUAUAGUAAGACCACCAGACAGAGAGGAAUUCAAUGAUGUGUAUAUUGUGUAUGAGCUAAUGGAUACUGAUCUGCAUCAGAUAAUACGCUCUUCACAGGCCCUCACAGAAGAUCAUUGUCAAUACUUUCUCUAUCAAUUAUUACGUGGACUCAAGUAUGUACAUUCUGCUAAUGUUCUUCACCGGGAUCUGAAACCUAGCAACUUGCUACUCAAUGCAAACUGUGACCUCAAGAUAUGUGAUUUUGGGCUUGCUAGAACCACUUCAGAGGCAGAUUUCAUGACAGAGUAUGUUGUUACUCGAUGGUAUAGGGCACCCGAGUUACUACUUAAUUGUACUGAAUAUACUUCAGCAAUUGAUAUAUGGUCAGUUGGUUGCAUUUUGAUGGAACUCAUUAAGAGAGAGCCUCUUUUCCCCGGCAGAGACUAUGCUCAGCAAUUGGGGCUUAUCAUUAAGUUAUUAGGUUCACCGGAGGAGUCUGAUCUUGGAUUCCUAAGGAGUGACAAUGCUAGGAAGUACGUCAAGCAGCUGCCUCAAGUUCCAAAGCAACCAUUCUCCGAGCAUUUCCCAGAUGUGUCUCCUUUAGCUCUUGAUCUUGCAGAAAAGAUGUUGGUUUUCGACCCAGCUAAACGCAUAACUGUUGAGGAUGCAUUGAAUCAUCCAUUCAUGAUAAGUCUCCAUGAGAUAAAUGAGGAACCAGUUUGCACUUCUCCUUUCAAUUUCGACUUUGAACAAGCAUCUCUAAGCGAGGAAGACAUUAAGGAGCUCAUAUGGAAUGAGGCUCUUAAGUUUGAUCCCGAUACAACCAAGUGAUGAUCCAUACUAUAUUACCUCAAUAUUUUGUUUCAUCAAUGUCUGGAGUGUGAUUUAGUUGUGGCAGGUUAGCCAUUUGUGACAUCUGUUUGAUUGUUCUUUUAAGCUGAGCUUGGAGAGUUUGGUUUUCCUCCCUUCAUACACGGGGUUGUUAUAAGGGAGCGCGCGCAUGAUGGGGGAGUAAUCAAUGGAUUCAUAUUCUACUCAAGAAUCCUUCCCCCCCCUCGAAAUUUUCUGUAAAAAAAGAAACUAGUCGUUUUGUGUUUACAAACUCGAAACUGUUUGUAAACAAAUCAUAGAAGAGAAGAACAAUAAGGAUGAAAAAGAAAGAAACUAAAGUGAUUAUUUGCGAAUAUGCUGUUGUAUAAGGGUUUGAUAAUAUAAUGGUAUUGAUAUUUCAAUUUUGAA